AUUUUGAGGCCUCUUAACUAUAAGCAUGGGGGGAAGGGCAGCAGAGGCCUGUCUCUCGCACACACAAGCACAUGCUUGAGAAAGCAAAGUAAGGCCAGGAAAUCAGACUGCACUGAGAAAGAACCAAGCUUAAAUCAUAAACCCGAACGAAAGGUACACGGUCUGUAGAUAAAAUGGCCUCUGAGGACCUCUGCUUUAGUUACACUGUGCCGGGCUCCAACGAGAAGCACAGGAGGGCUCGUAACUGGACGGACUCCGAGAUGAAAGCUCUUGUGUACAUCUGGGAAGAGUAUGUGACAGAGCUAAAGAAAGCUAAGCGCAAUGCUAAGAUCUACGAGACCAUGGCUAAGCAACUUUACGAAUUAACUGGGGAACAGCGACACAGAGAGGAGAUCAAGAUGAAGAUUACCAACAUGACCUUCCAAUUCAGGAAGCUGAAGUACACAGCAAAUGGUGGGAGUUCUACACCUGAUUGGCCGUACUACAAAUCUAUUGAAAGGAUUUUGUCAAAGGUGCCAGAUCAUGGCCAUAUGAGCCCACCAAACCUCUCAUCGUCUGGCCCCUCGACCUCUCAGCACGACCCUGCUGUGCCCCAGUCUGCUCCACCAAGCGGGUUUUUGCCAGAGUACACUGGAUCCUCAGAGGAGAGAGAUAUGAAUGAUGAGGAUGACGGCCUGACAGACAACUCUGCAAGUUCUUUUGAGACCAGGUCACAGCCACAUAAGCGGAGAAGGCUUUCGCAUGUGUCACUACGGCGAAAGAAGCUGCGUGUCCUGGAUGCAAUGCUGAAGGAACAACGCAGGAUUAGCCAUGCUGUCGAAGAGGCAUGUCAUGAAGUUCGCCGCGUUAUGCAUCAGCAGAACUUCCUGCAAGUGCAGAGCCUCCAGCUUCAGGAGCGAAUGAUGAACCUCUUGGAAAAAAUGAUUCCAGCACAAUCUGCUCCUUCUUGGCCAAACCCAGCUUCUGCUAAGGGUUUAGGAACACCCACGCCUGAGUGACAAGAACUCAAAGAUAAGGACCUUUGCAGAGGAAGUGUUGCCAUGUUAUCCAAGCAUAAAAGCUGUAACCAACUAGUUAGCGGUAUAUUACUGACAUAUUUAAGCGCUGUUAAGUCUUCUAUGAUGAAUUUCCAAAAUAUGUGGCAGAUGUAACCCACACAAGCACAUUUUUGAACAAAUGAGUAGUUAUCCACAUUGAUUUAAUCUGACUUGAAAUAUAUUUCUUUGUGCAUUAGAAUUUAAAAAAAGAUCGUAAUGUGACACUAAAAGUGUGUCUAAAUCAAUGUGUUAGUCUCAGAUCCAGGUGAACUUCAACAGAAAUUGCACAUCAUUCAUGGUUGAGAGACAUCUGACAGAUUUCAGAUCUCUUUUAAGACAUUCUGUGAGAGGAUGCAGUGUUGAAGUAAACAGCAGAAGGACUGAGGUCAGGUCAGCUAAGGCUGACAGAUAAUGCCGAAUGGUUGGUGAUAAUGGAAACUGGAUUAAGUUGACAAGGAUUCAAAAUGGAAGAGGACAAUGUUUGUUUAGUUAAUGCCAUUAGUUCAAUGUUUACGGUACACUGUUAAAGCAUAUAGCACAAUUUAACAUGUUACGGAAUGCGAUUGUUUUGGUUGAUGUUUAUAGGAUUAUGGGUCAACAACAUGACAGUCAUGUUUAGCUUAGAUCUGUUAGAAUAUACCCAAAUAUAGAAAAUAAAUCAACACUUAGUUUGUGUUAUAUUUAUGUUA